AUGUUAGAAAGAUUGGCAAACCACCCUUUUUAUUGUUUUCUUGAUGGCUACAGUGGUUUCUUCCAAAUCCCGAUCCACCCUAAUGAUCAGGAGAAGACCACUUUCACAUGCCCUUAUGGUACCUUUGCUUAUCGAAGGAUGCCAUUUGGGCUGUGCAAUGCCCCAGCUACUUUCCAGAGAUGCAUGACCUCUAUUUUUUCAGAUCUGAUAGAGGAGAUGGUAGAAGUCUUCAUGGACGAUUUCUCAGUCUAUGGAGCAUCCUUCUCCUCAUGUUUGUCUAACUUGUGCAGGGUGUUGCAGAGGUGUGAAGAGACAAACCUAGUACUCAACUGGGAGAAGUGCCAUUUCAUGGUUCGAGAAGGGAUUGUGCUCGGGCACAAAAUUUCUGAGAAAGGGAUCGAGUUCGAUCGAGCUAAGGUGGAUGUCAUGUUGCAGUUUCCUGUUCCCAAGACUGUAAAGGACAUCAUGAGCUUUCUGGGUCAUGCAGGGUUCUACAGAAGAUUCAUCAAGGAUUUCUCAAGGAUAGCAAGACCCUUGACAAGACUUCUGUGCAAAGA